UGUGGGAUCCAGGUUGUGUGAAUGAAUGGAGAGCCGAUGGUGGAUCGGAGAGGACGGCGAGGCGAAGCAGCGGACAAAAUGUGUUUAACUCCAGCAGCACGGUGUGUAAAGUUCCCAGAAGGGGGUCCAUCUGUGGAUUUACUUCUUUAAAUCAUCUGGAGGAGGUUUUUUUGUCUGUUUCUGGACCCCACUCGUGCACCGAGCGAGCUUCACCAACAGACGUUUGGACGUCGAGGAGGUUUCUUCUUCGCAUGUGUGCAGCCAGCAACAGGUUAUUUCCAGCUUAGCUCGGACUCCAACUUGCAGCUGUGUCUCACAGCUUGUUACAUGUGUGUUAACUUUUUCGUGGAUGCGUUUUUGCCACACUUUUCCGUGCAUUCACCGCGAUGUGAGCUGCAGCUUUGUUGCUGCCACCACCACAGACAGAUCUCCACCGGGCUCAGGCGUCUUUUUUUUUUUUUGGAGGAAGCCGACCACAGAAAUGGGAAGAAAAUGCCAUAGAGAAGCGUGCUAAUUAAACAUCUCUGGGUGAUUAGCAUUGGAGCCUGCAGCACGCACACCGACACACGGACCUGUGAGGAGCUGGUGUCCGUGCAGGGGAUUUUUUUGCCUGCAUAGAUGGUGCCAAACAAGUGGAGCAUGAAUUCAGUCCUGCACAAAUCGCCACCAAGGAGCUGGCUUGGUCUCAGAUUACGACUCAAUGACAAGCCCGUCCAGGAGGAGGACUGGGUUGUGUGCCAGCACCCUGAGUGUCCAGAGCGCCGGAGGGCCUCUAAGGUUUGCCACCACCCAGACUGCCAAGACCUGAAUAACAAAAGCCCCCUUCACCUGUGUGAGUCAUGUGACUCACGCAGCCAUUCAGAGAACACAGACAACAUGCACUUUGAUCGGCACCCCCGAUUUGACUUACAACCUCAAGCCUCCAUCCUGGCUCGGAACGUGUCCACGCGCUCCUGUCCCCCGCGCACCAGCCCCCCCUCCGACCUGGAGGAAGAGGAUGAGGGGAGCAACGACCGCGGGGAGCGUAAAACAGGGGGGAUGAAGCUGGUGAAAAAGAAGCCACGGAGACGACACACUGAUGACCCCAGUAAGGAGUGCUUCAGCCUUAAGUUUGAUCUCAACGUGGACAUCAACACAGAAAUCGUACCUGCAAUGAAAAAGAAAACCCUGAGAGAGGUUCUGGGUCCAGUGUUUGAGAGGAACGGCAUCGAGCUGUCCCGGGUCAACUUGUUCCUGGAUCAGUCCAACACGCCGCUGUCCCUCAACUUCGAGGCCUACCGUUUUGGAGGACACUACCUCAAAGUGAAAGCACGGCUGGGUGAUGAGCUGAAGGUGGAGCAGGGUGUGAAGGACUUGCGGUCGCUCAGUCUGCCCAACAUGAAGCCCUCUGGCGGUCAGAGCCAGAGCCCCUACAUCCUCACCCCGGGCAGCGAGAAGGUGGAGCAUGGAUCUCUGGGACGAAAAGAAAGUGUGGAUCUGUUGGGACAGGCUCGAAGGAGGAAGAACAUGACAGAGUUCCUGGGAGAGACGAAUAUUCCUACCCCGGAUGCUCUGGGACAAAUCGGCGGCUCACUGCCAGGCAUCGGGGCCGGUCCCGACAGCUGGAAGAACCGCGCCGCCAGCCGCUUCAGUGGCUUCUUCAGCUCCAACGCCGGAGCGGGGCCCUUCGUCAAGGAGGUGGACCGUCUGGAGCAGCUCCAGAGCAAGCUCCACUCCUACACGUUGUUCGGGCUACCCAAGGUGCCGCGGCAGCUCUCCUUCCACCAGGACUCCUGGGAGGAGGAGGAGGAGGAGACCAACCUGGCCCUGGAGGACAGUUGGCAGAUGCUACUGGACAACUCAGAGACACUGACAAGGCGGCAGUUCCACCAGCAGGAGGCGAUAUGGGAGCUGCUGCAGACGGAGGCGACUUACAUAAAGAAACUCAGAGUCAUCACUGAUCUGUUCCUGUGCGGGCUGCUGAACCUGCAGGAGAGCGGCCUGCUGACGGAGGUGGAGCCCGCCAAGCUGUUCAGUAACAUCCAAGAGAUCGUCCGCCUCCACACGUCACUGUGGAACCAGGUCAUGCUGCCCGUCCUGGAGAAGGCCAGGCAGGCCCGGGCUCUGCUCGACCCCACUGACCUCCACCACGGCUUCAGGACGUUUGGCUCCAGGUUCCAGCCCUACAUCCGUUACUGCAUGGAGGAGGAGGGCUGCAUGGAGAACAUGCGCACGCUUCUCAGGGACAAUGAGCUCUUCAGGACCUACGUCACGUGGGGAGAAACACACAAGCAGUGUAACCGUCUGAAGCUGGCCGACAUGUUGGCAAAGCCGCACCAGAGACUGACCAAAUAUCCACUCCUACUGAAGAGUGUUCUCAAGAAGACGGACGAGCCGUCAGCCCGGGACAUCGUCAACAGCAUGGUCGCCGCAGUCGAGGGCUUCAUCAACAGCGUGGAGUCCCAGAUGCGACAGCGUCAGGAACAACAGAAGCUGGCCACCAUCUCCGCCCGCAUAGACUCGUACGAGGCUGUAGAGGGCAGCAGUGAAGAGGUGGAGAAGAUUCUCAAGGAGUACAACCGCUUCGACCUCAUGGCUCCCAUGAGAGGAAUAUCACCAGAGGAGACUCGACAGCUGCAUCUGGAGGGAGCGCUGAGGAUGAAAGAGGGCAAAGACAGUAGGAUGGAUGUCUACUGUGUCCUGUUCACCGACCUGCUGCUAAUCACAAAGCCAGUGAAGAGAGUGGAGAAAGUCAAAAUCAUCCGGCAGCCGCUCCUCAUUCACAACGUCGUCUGUAAGGAGCUCAAAGACCCUGGCUCAUUCAUCCUCAUCUACCUCAACGAGUUCAAGAGUGCAGUGGCAGCCUACACUUUCCAAGCCAACAGCGCCGCCCAGGGGCGAAGCUGGAUCGAUGCAAUCUGCAACGUCCAGAACCAGCUCCAGAGGCUUCGCACCGAGGAGGUCCUCCGACAGCAGAACAGUCUGAAGACAUGUACGGAGGGUGAAGAGGAAGAGGAGGAGGAAGAUGAGAGUAGCAACUCCACCACAAGUUCUCCAUGCCUGAGGCACAAAGAGCAGCAGAACUCAAGUCAAUCCGAUGGAUCCACUGAGACCCUGUCGGUGAUGGAAAUUGAUGAAGCAAGCGAGCCUCCUUCCCCCAACAUGAACCUCGAGGGAACCAGUAAAAAAGACUCUGAUCUGACUCCUCUGUCUGAGACAUUUGAGGUCGAGCAGUCUCAGUCCACGAGCCCCCGCAGGAUUCACUCCAGUGUUUACUCCGAGCAAGAACAGGGGACGGGGCCUGACGGCGAGGAACUGGACCCCCAGUGUCGCUCUCUCUCCAUGGACAGCGCCUACGGUACCCUCUCCCCUGAAUCCCUACUGAGAGAACUUCGGCAACAGCCUGGCCAGAGUGAAGGAGAGGAGACGGAGGAGGAAGAGGGAGACAGGGAGGUCGAGGAGGCGGAGCAGGAAGGGACAGAAAUAGAGGAGGUAGAAGAAGAGCAGGAGGAAGAAGAGGAGGAGGAUGCUGCUUCAGUGGGGUCCCAGCUGUCAGUAGUCCAGUCCUCUAAACCUCGACGGCGGCCGCAUGUUCAGUCGCGUCUCCACUGCCUCCAGAGGCUGUCCAAUCUGACCUUAUCCCGCUCUGAGGACAAUCUGCUGCAGCGCCUCCAUGGUAAAACCCCCAACACACACUCACUCAGCUCUGAGGCGCAGGACCAAUCACAAUGUAGAGACAUGGACACGUCGCAGCUGGCACACAGUAGAAGUCUGACGGAGCUAGGCCAAAACUGCGUGGAGCUGUUUUCCAGUGACCUCGACCAGUCUGACGACUGCUUGAGUAUGAGCACGCCCUCUGACAAACUCUGUGCCACCCUGAAGAGGGCGGAGGCCAGGCACGGCCAAAUGGUGCUUGCUAGACCACGUGAGGGUAAUGAGCCCCAAAGCAACAGGUCAGACGGGGAAGUGGCUCCAUCUGCCUGCGUAGAAAGGAAAAACGAUUCAACAGCCACAGGUGAUUCAGGGGAAAUGUCACCGAAAAAGAGGAAAUCACCGGCACAGCACAAGAAGCUGACACUGGCUCAGCUCUAUAGGAUACGCACCACUCUUGUCCUCAACUCCACACUCACUGCAUCGGAGGUAUAAUAACCACUCUUCCAACCAACUGAUCAGUGGCACGUGGGCAUAAUGAGGAACAACACUUGUUUUGCUUCGAUGGACUGAAUUUCUUGAGACACAAAUGCACUCUCUCUCUUGCUGCCCUCUCCCUUCUGGUUGCUUUUUUGGACACAGAUCGUACCAUUUUUGCAUUUUGGACAUUUCUUUCUUUGCUGUUGCAUUGGUUUCCGAAUUUCUCGAGUGGAAGGGAGAGGCAGAGAGACAUUAACUGCUUGCACUUUGCAACGGAAGUAGCAUUAUAGGGGCUGGGACCUUAAGGUGGACUGGGGGAGUGUGCGAUGGAGCUGAGGUGGAGCUGAAUUCUCCAUCUCCAGAGUCAACGAGGAGGGACACAAAGUCUUGAAAAUUCUCUCUACACGUGGCUAAGAAAAAAAAAAAAAAAAAAACAGCACCUGGGAUGUCCUCCUAAUAUUUAUACUACUCCUGGUUUGCUUUAACAAAAGAAAAAAAAAUGAAAAUUGCACAGUUAUCUAUGUUAAGUAGAAGAAUCACUAAGGAGUGAAUUUACAUUUACAGUCACACAAUGAGUUUAUUGUUUGUGUCUGCUCGUGUAUAGGUGUGUGUGUGUGUGUGUGUGUGUGUGUGUGUGUGUGUGUGAGAAUGAAUGAUGAAUGUCUUGUGUUUAAAUGAUAACAUGGUCCUCGAUUCCUGACUGAACCAAAACUGAUCGCCAUUUCCUGUGAAUACGCUAACACAACCAAAGAUGGAAGUGGCUCGUCAACAAAAAGUGCACCCAAAAGGUCCAAUGCAGCGAAUCAUGUUUCAACACACAGAUGGAUUUCUUUCUUUAUUGUUAAUCUUGGUUGAACUAAUGCCAUUUGGUGUGUUAAACUAAUGAGAGUUGAAUUCCUCAAAAAAGAAGACUGAACAUGACGUUUGGAGGAAUUUCCUGCACUAUAUAUAUAUAUAUAUAUAUAUAUCAUGGCUUGAGUGUACGUUCAACUCUUGAGGCCUAAAUGUAUCAAAACCACACACACUAGUGCACAACAACGUGGUCAUAGGACAAAGUAAAAAGAAGUCUACACUUGAGUAAUGCCUGUGUAUGUUAUUAGUGUACACUAAUAAGAGAUUGAACAAAAGGUUUGGGUUGGAUAUUCUGUAAUGAGUGAAUACAUUGAACACAGCUUUGUUUCCCCCGGGAGAUUUACUUAACAUUCACACUGAUGUUCAGCUUUUCAGAUCAGUGACUUUUAUAACAUUAUUCCAAACAUCGCCCAAACCAAAUAGAUUAACUCUGUUUACUUUGUUUUUUUUUGUUUGUGUAAUAUUUAUUAUGCCUAUGUUUUAUAUAUAAGAUAUUGUUUAUAUUGUUUGCUUCCAUGAUUUGUACAUUUUUUUGUUGAUGUAGUCUUAAUAUUUUUUUUCUUGCCAGGCAUGAAUGUGCUAUGAACCAAAAUCAUGUGUUUCCUCUUUCAGGAAUGACGUUAAAGUGUCUUACAGAAUAAAAAUGCUAAAAUACUUUUAUCCCUCUUUUAAUGGUUUAAUCCAUUCUAAUGGAGUGAUUUGAGGGAACAGGCUGAAUCUGAAUGGCAUUAAGCAUUAAAACUACAUGAACUGGUCA